GAAAAGACUUCAACUUCUCUCUCCACUCUCGGAUUCUACACUUCCACCCGUCCCAUGAAGCCUAGAAUACCGUCGCGGGGCUUCUUUCCUUUGGGCGAUGUAUCUCCCACAGCGACGAGGCCGUUAAGUCGACCGCAGCGACGCCAUGCUACUACUUCCUCAUCUCCGCCAUCUAGAUCAUCUGCCACCUCUCCCUCGGGCCAACGGCGGUGGCUGCGAUUGACUUUGGUCACCGUCACGGCUGCAGGGAUCGGGGCGUAUUUUCGGUGGACACAAGAUUCCGGGUUAGGGUCAUCUACUACACUGAAUCCCCUGCGCUUUACUCCCUACUACUUGGUUUCCCGAGAGCCAGUCUCGUCCACAGGUAGCUUAUUUACGCUGCAGCCUCCCCGGUCGGAUGGAAGUAACCGCGAGGUAUACGAUGAAGCAUGGAAGACCGGAGUUUGGAGCGUGAUGUUCAAACAGCCGCAGCUGCAGAUUGGAAGAGAUUAUACCCCCCUGCCAUCCUCAUCGCCAGACGGGGAUGAUGAGGAGUGCCUACGAUUUUUUAUUCGCAAGGAUCCCUUUGGCGAGGUUUCUCGGUACCUACAUAGCCUAAAAAUUGGUGCACCCAUUGAAGUACGGGGCCCUCGGAUCGAGUGCGAGAUUCCAUCGGAGACGCAGACUAUACUCUUCAUCGCUGGUGGCACCGGUAUCGCUCCUGCUCUGCAGGCGGGACAUACCCUUCUACGCCGUACAGACCAAUCUCACAAACCCCGAAUACAUAUCCUCUGGGCGAAUAGAAUGCUAGAAGACUGUAAGGGCGGCUACAACGCGGUUUCGGGGACUUCUUCAGAUGGGACCCAGAGAUCGUGGCUCUCCCGGCUUCUCAAGACUUCGAGUCCCGAUGCAAACCAUAAACCGGUCGAGAAGUCAAAUAAUCAAGAUACAUCCCUUGUCAUACGGGAGCUGGAGUCUCUCCAGUCUCAGUAUCCUGGGCAGGUGACCGUUGAGUAUUUUGUUGACGAGAACAACACCUUUAUUGGGAAGAAGUCUAUAUUAGAUUUCACCAGAUCUGCAGUAGUUUCCCCUACUUCGCCCAGACGCAACAUGAUUCUUGUUUCCGGGCCAGAAGGGUUCAUCAGUUACAUGGCAGGACCAAAGCUUUGGGCCCAAGGCAGGGAACUCCAAGGCCCAGUUCAAGGAAUCAUCAACGACCUCAAUCUCCAGGGUUGGGCUGUAUGGAAGCUUUGACAGCUUCCCCAGCUUUAGAUUAGCAUCUUUCCACCUGUAAUAUAUGCAUAAUCCAUUCACAGAUACUAUAUGAAUACAUAUAAUGAUUUACCGCCGAUGUCGGCCGGCAGGCGUGCG